CUUUGUAAUAAUUUCCGGCGUAACUUUUCAACUUUUUUUAAUUAUGGGACAUUAUUACCCUUAAUAAUCUUAUUAAAAAAGAAAAUUUAAUUUUGAAUGUCAUGUAAUGAUUUAUUUUGUUUUCUAAAUGGAAUUGUAGCAAAAAAUCAAAAUUAAAUGAUUAUUGUUUGACUAAAUCGAGGGUGCUUGUCAACUCAAUGCUGCCACCUUGACAUACCGAAUAAAAUUAUUUCGUAGCAGUCGGCGAAUAGUAUUUACAACUAAUAUUUUGCUACUGUUUUGACAAUUACAUACAUAAUUCGUAUUCGGGAUUUCUUAUUUGUUGAUGGCAGUGUUCUAAGAGUUAUUACAGCUCAACCAUGAGACGAUGAUGUGGUAACCGUUUUAGUCGACAUAUCAUAGUGGCUACAGUGCAACAAAAUAUGGUCGUGCGUUUCGCCUGAACAGAUAAGUGGAGAUGUGUGAGCAGACUGAAAUAAAUUACUUGGAUGGAGAGGUGGUGUGGGUGAAGCUAGGGUCUUGCUGGUGGCCCGGAGCAGUGGUCGGGGCGGACAAGCUCCCCCCAGAUGUGCUGCCAUCAUUCAAGAAGCCUCCCAUAGCAGUCGUCAAGUUCUUUCAGGAAAGCACCUACGAAUAUGUGAAAAACAUCAAUUCAAUUUACAAAUACAACUGCAGCCGCAAACAUGACUUUAUUAAAAAAGGAUUAUUAAUGUACAGAUCCAAGCAUGCCCACAUGGAAAAGUUCCCCGAAGAUGUCAUCCGAGCUGAAACUGAGACAGGAGGUGACCCGGACAUCUUGACCAGUGAAGAGUUUCAAGAAACUAAGAAAGAAAGCUAUGCGGGCAUUUUCGGCAGCGCAUCUAAGAAAGCAGGGACUCCAGGUAGAGGGAGGGGAAGGCCCAACACCCCUAAGAGCACUUCAACUGCAACUACUCCGAUAAGAAGGGUAAAUCGGGAAAAGAGUGAUUACAAGGUUACAAUAUUAGUUCAGGGGUCAAAGACUGCCAGCCAAGCUACCGAUGCCUCCUCUACGCCAUCGACGAGCCGCGCGGAGUCAGAAUCUGAAACGGGCGAAGAAAAAACUCCCAAAGCAGAUAAGCCUAUUUCUACAUUUACUACACCGACCAGCGCCGCCGCGGGCGUGUAUCCCUGUCAUCUGUGUAACUUCACCACCACGCGCCUCAACGUCUUGAUCUUACACAACAAAACACACAGUGCCACAUACAUACCCUACACACCUUCGCCCGUACGCAAGAAACCAGCCGCUAAACAGUCCCCCAAGGCCACCCCGAACAAAACGCCGAAAGCGCGAAAACCGCGCAAAGAAAAGCCAGAAAAAGAAGAAGAAAAGGAAAAGGAAAAACCUGUCAAGAAAUCUCAAGCACAAAAACGCUCCACAGACGAGCCCCCGGAACCCGUAGAAGUGAAGAAACCUAAGACUGAUGAGGAAAUUAAGAGUAGCCUGUUAGCGGAUUGGGACGACAUGGACGACGACGACGACGACAAGUGCCCGGACCUGGCGUCGUCGCCCUCGGCGGCCGCCGCCUCGCCCGCCGAGCCCACGCCCGCCGCCGCCUCGCCCGCCGAGCCCACGCCCGCCGAGCUGCCCACGCCGCCGCCGCCCGCCGGGAAACCGGAGGCCUCGAGCGAUUCCAAAUACGAAUUCUGUGAAGACGAAGACUGGUCCUUAGAGGCGGACGCCGGCCGCAAAAUACCGCGGGUCAAGAAUCCCGCGAAGAGAAAAGAAAGAAAAAGCAUCAGCAUCGACGAGGAUGACGUGGCGAGAGAAGUUGCGGACCUGCUGACUAGAACUACUGUCCCGGAACUGCCUGCGGUGCCUGAACCUUUGACCGUCGAGCAAAAUUUUCCUGAGCCUUCCAUCGUAAAGUCCCCUGACAAAAAGACACAACCGACACCAGAAUCUAGUAAAGCGCCUGAGAAAGUCGCUCCGGAACCGCCACCGACGAAAGCAAUUUUUAAAACUAAAACAUUUUUUCGAAGUCGACACUCUAGGAGCCAGGAUGCAAUAGGGAAGUAUGUCGCCGAACAGCUAAACGCCGACAGAAUGGACGUGGAAACUGAAUUAAACGGUUCGGAAGUUGCGUCCUCUCCUGAAGCUAGAGAGUCUCCUCCAAUAGAACCAGUUAAAGUAGCUCGCCUAGCGCCCAAAAUACAACUAAAGAAAAUGAAAGCCGAAGCGGCACAGUUAAGAGAAAAAGAAAAAAUAAAUAUGGAAUUUGCCGCAGAGGCUAAACUCGCUGCGAAUGGUGCUAAUAGUAAGUCAGGUAAUAUUGUGAGCCAAAACCUGGCGCCUCCUGUAGAGAAAGAGGUAGAAUCUAAGUCAUCACAUCAACAUAAUCAGGAUGUCUUAUAUCCUACACAAGAAAUAAAACCAAUUAAUAAGGAUACAAUCAAUAGCAAUAUACAGGAUUCACUUGCAAAUGAAAUAAAACCAAUUUAUAAAAAUAUACUCGACAAAAGGAGCGAAAUUAAUAGUAAAGAAUUUAAUAGUAACAUAGUCGAGCCACUUGAAGAAAUUAAGACAAGUAAUAAAGAUAAACCUGAUAUAGAAAUAUAUGAACCUAUUAAUAAAGCAUUCAAUAAUAUUGACACUGAAAAAAUGUACGCUAAAUUAGAUAACGACAGUGAGAAACAAACAGGCGAUAAUGACCAUACAGAAAGAACUGAUCUAUGUAAAUCACCAGAAGUUGCACAAACACCUUGUGAGCAAUUGGUUGAACCUUUGCUGAAUGAAUCUACAGCAUCCGCUGUGGAUGCCUUAUUAAGCGUUUCUAGAGAGGCUGACAGGGUUACUAAAGUAAUAAGCGACGAUCCCCCCGAAGAUUUGUUCGAAGAUGACAAUAAAGAUAAUGGAGUGAAUAACAAUGUCAAUGGUAUUGACGAAACCAAUAAAGAUAAUUUAUUUGUAGAAAAUAAACAAAUUGCUGAAGAAAUUGAUCAAAUUACGGAAGAAACCGUCUCGCCGGAAGUUUCCCCAAAACAGACAAACGAGCAUGACAAUGAUAUGGUUGCUCAACAUAUUGACUUAAAUGAAACCAAUACCGAAUCCACAUGCAAUGAUAAAAUGAUAGAAGUUCCACAAAUAUCUGAAGAACCUACUGAAUUAGUUUCAGAAACAGUAGUUGACUGCAUACCAUCUGAAUCUGAUCUGCAAAUAGCCGAGGCGUUGAUUAAUCUUCCAUCAACAGCUAUACAAAAUAAUGCAUCUAGUCAACUUCAACAAAACAUGAAUUUGUCAACACAUUUUGCCAGUGGUGAAUCUUUUCAGGAAGAGAUAGUUGAGAGUAUAAAUGAUAUUAAGGAUAAUGAUGAUACAAUGGGGGAAGCGAGAUCUGAGGACAACUCUGUAGUUGACAACUCUGGAGAACAUGUAAAGGAAUCUUUACUACCAUUAAAUAGCGACACUCUGAAUUCAAGAUAUGAAACUGAAGAAGAGAAAAGUCAAAAUUUAAAUGCCGCACAAUCUUUAGUUGAAAUGUCAGAAUGUAUAGAUCAUAAAAUUAAAGUUUCCGAGCAUAAAAUGCCUGAAAUAGACAAUGCACAUGCUGAUCCUGUAAAUACUGCACAGACCACUGUAAUUGAAACAAACAAUACUAUUGAACCAAAACCCGCGCCACCGGUUCCAGACAACAGCAAUGAUCCAAUCAGCAACACACCUAAGUUUGAUACAUCAUCUUCCAAAUUACUUAAAAUUUUAGAAGAACCUUGUGUACCCAAAAUAAUCAGUAAAACUCCAACAAAACAAGUUGUAGUAACCGGAAAAGAGAAAAUACUUAACUUCGACGUCAACAAGGGUUCCAUUAAGAACAAACCUCAAUCGCCCAAGCAGAAGAUCAUCAUUCGUCGAAAUACGCCUAGCAAAAACAUUAUCAAUAAUAUAAACGAGUUGAGUUCACCAGAGAACAUCAUUCUCUCACGCACCGGCAAGCCGCCGGCUGACGGCUCGGCCAUGCAGACGUAUACCAUCCAGGCUACGCCCGACCCGCCUACCGAUGCCAACACCAUUAUCAUCCAACAGAAGAUACGGAAGAUUACCAAACCUGCUCCUAAAUUACAAAAGCUAAAGCAGCAGUUUUCCUUGGUGGCUCCAGUCACUGAAUCGAAGCCUGUUGCCGAACAACCCGCUGCGGAUGACACCUUCUAUGAUAUUAAUUCUAUGCCCAUAGUGCUCUCAGAUGACAUUCUCACCCCGGAGAACAUUGAGAAAAUGCCUAUCGUCAUGUCCGACGGCAAAAUCAUCACCAACCCCACAAAUCCCCCUAAACUCGUGAAAACGAAACAGAUCGAAAGCGAAAAAGUCAGCAUGAUCAGCCCGAGCAAACCCGAACUGAAAACCUUGCUAAUGAAUCCUGUGACCGAGGUCAGUAAAGCGACCACGCCUAACAUUUUAUCCAAGUCGUCCAAGCUCAGGGCGUCGAAACCGAUGUUAGUCAUAGAUAAAGCGACCGGGAAACAGAAAAUUAUUAUGACUAAAGCUGACCCUACCGUCAAGGAAAUAAAACAGUCUCCCGCAAAGUUAGAGCCGGCGGCCUCGAGCGCGGCCAAGCCGGGCAAGUUCAUCAUCCUGCCCACCGGCGGCUCGCCGCGCCCCAGCCGCACGCAGAAGAUCGUCAUCGACCCCGGCACCGGCAAGGCGCACGUGCUCGUGGCCAAGGCCGAGCCCGACAACAAGCCUGACAACAAGCCCGUCUCCGCCAAGCUCGUGCCGCAGCCCGCCGACGCCGGCCCCGGCAGCACCGUCAUGAUCAUCACCAACGCGCAGGGCGCGCAGUCCCGCAUCGUACUCACUCCCGAGCACGAGAAAAUACUCUUCCCCAACAAGCAGCAGCCCAAGGUGUCACAACUCAAGACCGUGGCGCACCGGAUAUCGACUAACUCCCCCCAGAAGACGGUCGUCACGUCGGUGGCGGCCACGAAGACGCCGCCCCCGAAAAUAGUCCCAAAAACACAAAAGAGCGCUAUCAUCACGUCCAAAGGGCAACUGAUCGUCGGCGGACGCGUCGCGACCACCGCGCAGAACAUAGCGCCGAUGCCUGAGAUACGGCCCAAGCAGCGGAUCAUCGCCGCCGAACCGAAGAAGCUCGCGCAGACCGUGCAGAAGACCUCCACGGAGCCACUAAUCUUCUUGCAGCAAAAAUCGGGCGCGGUGAUGCAGCUCACGACGGCGCAGUUCGAGCACCUGCAGCGAACCGGCCAGAUCGUGCAGAAGGCCCCCGUCCCCGAGAACAAAAUCGUCGUGCAGAAACAGAUCACGAUCCCGUCCAACGAGGCGAUCGCGCCCGCGGUCCACAAGAAAAUAAGACGGCCGGCCACGAUGUCGCCGACGCCCGCGAAGAAGCUCAAGCAGGAGAUAGCGAUAGCGCCCGCGCCCGCUCCCGCUCCCGCACCCGCGCCCGCGCCCCUGCCCGCGCUCACGCCGCUGUCGCACGCCGCGCCGCCGCCGGCCGCCUACUCGGAGCUCGACAACUUCGAGGAGCUGCUGCCGUCCACCGCCAUCGCGCGCGCGCCGUCGCCCGCCGCGCCGCCGCCGCCGCCCGACGCGCCGCCCGCGCCGCUCGCCGACGGCCAGCUGCUGGCCGUGCCCGGCGAACACUUCGGCGGCCCGCCCGGCUCCUUCUACCUGUGCGUCGAGGACAACGGCUCGCUGACGCCCAUCGACAACCGGCCGCUCGUGCUGGAGAACAACCAGCUGGUGCCGAUGACGGAGCCGGCGCCGGCGCCCGAGCGGCGCGACAUCCUCGAGGCGGCGCUGGCCAACAGCGACGUGUUCCACGACCCGCCGCGCGACGACGCGCCCUUCCGCGACCUGAACGCGAACGUGUCCGUGCACUGCCGCGUGUCGGAGACGAGCACGACGCUGCACCAGCCCAUCAUGACGCCGGUGGAGGUGCCGUCGCACGCGGACGCGGAGCCGGCCGUGCCGGGCUCGCUGGAGGACGGGCUGGCGGUGAUCGGCGUGACGCCGCACACGGUGCCCACGUCGCUGGAGCUGCCCAUCACGGUGACGGACCCGCGCAUCGCGCCGCGCGUGUCGGACCCGCUGGCGAUGCUGACCGUGAGCGAGCCCGCGCCGCAGCCCAUGUCGAUGCCGCUGCUGCUGGAGGAGGAGCCGGUGGGCAAGUCGCUGCCGAUCCUGACGGACGAGCCGGCGGGGUCGGGCUCGUCGGGCUCGGCGGAGGAGACGCUGUGGUCGCGGCGGCUGCUCACGCCGUGCUCGGACACGUCGGAGGCGUCGGCCGAGAUCCCGCUGCAGCCCGCCAUGCGCCUCUCCGUCGACGACCUGGCGCGGGCCAGCUAGACGGCGCGGAGGUUUUUAUUCAUUUCGUGUUGAAAAUGUUUAUUUAUGAAAUGAAAUGUAAUUCGUGUUUUACAUGUGCAAUCAAUUAUGUUUGUCGUCUUUCGAUAUAUCCGUAUGAUAGUGUGAUCGGCCGGUCGACGCGGGACGGGCCGCUCGGCUCUCGUUAUAGUUGGGCCGCCAUCGCGCGGGCGAUGUAAAAAGAACGCGACUGUAAAUAUAUCGUUAGAGUGGUGCGAGUGACUUCUGGGUUCGGUCUAGCUGAACAUUGAACAUACCGGGCGCCGACGGCGUGAAUAUAUUUUAGUCUUAAGAAUUUACAUUUGUAAAUUUUAAUGCAUAAAUGAUAUUGUUGGAUCAUAAGAGAGUUAUGAGAUCGUAUUUGUAAUAUAUAAAAGUUUAGGUAAUCAUAUUUUUUAUAUUGUCUAACAAAGAAUGACAUUGCGAAAGCGAUGAGAGGUGCGAACUCGAAUGCCGGGCGGGCGCAGCGCGACCCGCGUCUACAUGAGGUAGAGUUAAUGUUAAGUACAAUUUUGUUGAUGUAACAUUUUAAACAUAUUCAAAGCACAUUAUUGGUUUGUUCGGGUGAUCUAUGUCGGAAUCUAGAUCGGACUAAGAAGAUGAAGUCUUAGUGUACCUUCUAUGUAGUUUUAAAUAAAUAAAUUCUAAUCGAA